AUGCAGAAGGUCAACUUAGUAGAUCCUGCGAUAAUCUUCGAGGGAGUAGAUGGUCUUCGUGAUGAAUGGCUGCGGGACCUGGAGGUGGGAAAAUACCAGAUUUUUUGCUGCAGCACCCCAUCUAGAUGGAGUAACAAUGACCUUGCGCUGGCUUCGGUUGACCAGGUGUUCGAUCGCUGCACGAAGGAGAAAGCAAAACGCGACUACAAGAUGCUUCUCGUCGACGGGCACGGCAAUCACCUGACGCCUUCCUUCAUUGAGUACUGCCAUGCCCACGAAGAGUAUCAUAGCACGGCUGUGAUAUGGAGCCCACGAUCAGUGAGGGAGGCCAGAGCGCGCGAGGCAGUAGAACAACAACAAGAGCAUGGAAAGAAACUCCAAAAAAGACACCAGAGGGAGGAGCGAGCUGCCGCAGCUGUAUAUAAAAAACAGUUGGCACAAGCUGCUCGUGAGCCCCGAGAAAUGGCUAGAGUGGUGCGGCAGGAGGAGCGCGAUGCGAGGGCUGCACAACUAGCUGCCGCGCGCGCUCAAAAAGCUGAAGACUGCGCUGCUGCAACCACACAAAAAUCUCGCGAUAGGCAGAAUACAGCUAAACGAAAAGCUUCAUUAAUUUAG